GACACCCUUCAUAAAACUCAUAGAAGAUUAGUUAGACUCUUGUGUCCAUGCUGCAUGAACUGAAGUCUCCUCCUGAUGUGCACACACAGCAGCUGUUGGCUUUCUCUUUACUUUGUGCACAGCUUAUAUCAGAAACAAUCCGCACUUCCACAGGAAGAAACUGCUGCAGUGUAUGUUUCACUCAGAAAGCAGCAGGACUGAGAAACAAUGAAGACAAGAGGAACAGCGCUGAUCUACGAUGAGGAGAUGACCAAAUACAAACUGCUCUGGGUGGACCCUGCUUGUAAGAUCGAGGUACCCGAGCGGCUGACGGUGAGUCAUGAAGCUCUGGUCCAGAGUGGUCUGGCUGAUCGCUGUGUCUCCGUGCCUGUCCGCGAGGCGACGGAUGCCGACAUUCUUCUGGUUCACAGUGAGGAGUAUUUGGAGGCAGUGAAGAAGACCCCCUAUAUGACUCUGGAGGACCUGAAGGAGUUCACCCUGCAAUAUGGUGACGUCUACUUCCACCCAAACAUCUAUCACUGUGCCAAGCUGGCUGCAGGGGCCGCGCUGCAACUUGUGGACAGUGUUAUGACGGGGAAGGUGAGGAAUGGCAUGGCUCUGGUCAGACCUCCAGGACACCACAGUAUGCGCAGUGCUGCCAACGGAUUCUGUGUGUUCAAUAAUGUGGCCAUCGCAGCUCAAUACGCAAAGCAAAAAUAUGGAGUUAAAAGGGUGUUGAUAGUUGACUGGGAUGUACAUCAUGGUCAAGGGGUGCAGUACUGUUUUGAAGAUGAUCCAAGCGUGCUCUACUUCUCAUGGCACCGCUAUGAACAUCAGAAAUUCUGGCCGCAGCUUAGAGAAUCAGACUAUGACAGUGUUGGCAAAGAGAAAGGAGCAGGAUUCAAUAUAAACGUACCGUGGAACAAAGUGGGAAUGAAGAACAGUGACUAUCUUUCAGUCUUCUGUCACGUCCUUCUGCCAGUCGCAUACGAGUUCUGCCCAGACUUGGUCCUGGUGUGCGCAGGCUUUGACUCAGCCAUCGGUGACCCUGAGGGUAAAAUGUGUGCCAGCCCAGACGUCUUUGCCCACCUCACUCACCUCCUCAUGAACCUCGCAGGAGGGAAACUGUGUGCUGUGCUGGAGGGAGGAUACAACUUGACAUCACUUCCCCAGUCUGUGUGUCAGACUGUUCAAACUUUGCUUGGAGAUCCUGCGCCUCCACCUACAAACCUCGAUGGUCCCUGUCAAAGUGCACUUGAGUCCCUUCACUGUGUCCGAUCAGCUCAUAAACAGUACUGGUCCUCUCUAAAACAUGCAGCUGACCUACCCACUUCUGACAUCAGCACAAAGCGCAUUAAAUUAGCAGAAGAAGGAGAAGAAGGAGAGAGGUUAGAGAAGGUUGAAGAGGAGGAAAGUGCAGAAGAAGAGUCGUGGCCGGAGCCUCCGAAACGUGUCGUACCUCCAGUCCGCACCGCUUUACUUCUUCCUGACGGCGUGGCUUGUCCGGACGGAUGUAAGCGCUUCAGCUCAUCAGAUGAUCCCGACCCGGUCAUAGUCAACAAACUCAGGGAGAAUUUCCUAAAAGAUGGAGAUGACAGCGAUGAUCUCGACACCCUCUCCGGUCUCACUGCCCUCGUGGACAACAUGGAGAAGAAUGAGAUCUGCAGCGGCUUGGCGCUGGUGCGUGAUGUCUCCAUGGCGAUGAUGUGUGUUGUCCAGCAUGCCGCAGCUGCUCUUAGCAACCGAGUUCUGGUCGUGUGUGUCGGAGACGCAGCGGUCCCGAUUCCCAGCACAGAGGACGGGAAAACACUCCUGGUGCAGUUCAGCAACAAGCGUUCAGAGGAACACAAAUAUUACAUUCCUGUGUGCCUGAAGAAGGGCUGCGGGGACGUGUCAGGGUUCAUGCAGGCCGUGUUAGGCCUCCUUUUGCCUCUGGCGUACGAGUAUGACCCCAGCCUGGUUCUGCUGGUUCGUAUGCCAGAUAGCGGGCUGUGUGACGGUGUGUGGCUACAACUAACAGGACUGCUGCAGGGCCUGGCACAGGGACACACACUGGUACUCAUGCAGGAAGAAGAGAAGGCAUGUGUUGCCCCCACAGCUUCCUCUCUCCUCGGGGACCCUGCCCCCUCUCUAGGGCAGCUUCAUGCUCCUUUACCAGAGGAUGCGGAGGCGCUGGAAAGGCUGAGACACAGGCUGCAGGUGGACUGGAAGCUGCUGCAGACUACAGCACCAGAAAGUGGAGGAGGAGGUGAGCGCUGAAGCUGAAGAUAUUCUCAGGUUUUAUUGUCAAACACAUUGUGCCCUAAAUAAACAGUAUUUUUUUAAAUGCA